AUGACAGAGUUAGAACCAAUCACGCUUAUUCGCAAUAACAAGUUUAUUGAAGUCGAAGAGAACUUCGUAUCUCACGAAAAAGGCACGAAGAACCGUGCUUCUUUCCAAAUUGACAAUCUAAAGGGACCGGUUGAUUCCAUAUCGUUAAUAACCACUUUCUUUCCGGAAGAAAGACACAAAUUUGAUGUGAACGUUACUGAAUACAACGGGCAGUCAGCCAAGGUCAACAUAGAAUUUACCGAUGAAUCACACGAAGAUCUCAUAAAUCACAUACGAAGCAAGGACAGCGCCCUGAAUUCAAUUUCGCACAACGGUAUCUCUGACUGGAUUCCUACAGACUCGGUGUCACUCGGAAUUAUUUAUUCGUCCAGCGAUAAGGCGGAUUCGGAUGCAUGCGACUUCGAGUGGUUGGAUAGGAAAAUACAUGAAUUGUCAUGCGUCUUCCAGAAGAGUAUGGACAUCCCACAGGACAUAUUAGAAGGUUUAUUCCACUCACUUUUUCCAAGGCGUCAUACCAAAAUAGAGUUACUCGAAGCAGGAGUUAUUCUAUUUGGAGCACUAAACACCAACGCUAGAGUGAAAAACAAAAUCAUACGGCAAAUAAUGAAGAAAGUUACUGCUCUUGUUAGCACAGGGGCGCUAUCCACAAAUAAAGUGGCAGUUGAUCUUACGUUAAAUUUAAUGUUGAACGUAUGGACUCUUAUCGGGACUAUAAAAAGUAUUAAUAGUGCCUAUGAGCUAUUGAAGAACAACGACACCGCUUUUAAAGAAAUUUUAUCGGCACAUAAGAAACAUUUCACGGUCUACAUAGAUCAUCUUAACUCUUUGAUAACAGUCAUCAUUAAUGUCUUGUCGGAGAAGAAAUACGAUCUUUUGGGAGAUCGGUUAACUCUUUUCGUGAAGGGUGUGGAAGAUUUGAUGAAACAAACAGAAUUUAUUUCGGUCAAAUGUGAUGAGCAUUUGAAAAGUUUGGAAGAAGCUUCUGCAGGGAUGACUGGAAUGACCAUUUUACAUACAGGGAUUGCAUUAUUUGAGGUUUGGUAUGGACUCAGUAGAUAUAGAAGACGAACCGCUUGGCAGAGAAUCGCAGACUUGGCUAUAUUUGGAGCCAACACCUAUGCUGCACGUAAAGCAUAUAAUGCAAGCCAGGAACUCGGAAACUCAGCCAAAUAUCAAUCAGUAACACUAAAACGUUUCCAACAAUUUCAUGUUACCUUAACAAAGAUGUCAAGUGCGGGCAAGAUUGCAUUGACUUUUGACCAUGACGAGAUUGGUGAACAGAGCGAUAUUUUAAUUGAAGAAUUCCAGGAAUUCAAGACCGAGCUUUGCAAGAUGGAGAAAAUCUUUAGUGACGUCUAA